AGGUAAUUUGGUAACAUCCCCCUUAUUCCGGUCACAACCCUAAUAAGGAUUGCGGACGCCCCCACAAAUCAACCUGUCUUGUAGGGUUUUUGGAAACACCGAAGGGGGGCUGAGCUCCAACGAAAUUCUCUGCAUUGCGCGAGAGAAGUGUUAUUUCUUAGGAUAUGGAUACAUCAAAUCCUGCAGUUUUUGUAAAUGUGGAGCUGCUCCGCCUCUAUGUGGGACGGAAGGUCCGGGCAGUCAUUCAGGUUGUGAGAUCUGAUGGCAAUGUUGUUGUUGGAAAAUCUACGGAUGACAAACAGUUAAUUGUAAAAGGCUCACCGCCUGUUCCUCUUACCACUUAUGUUGAGGUGAUUGGUAUUGCUGACAGUAACCAGUCUAUCCAUGCUGAAAUAUGGACCAAUUUUGGUGAUACAUUUGACACAAACAAUUACAAUCAGCUUUGCAUACUGGCAAAUGGAGAAUACAAGCACUUGUUUAUCUGAGGAAGCACAAUGGACCUUAGCUUGUCUUUAGUAUUUGAAUGCCUCUGUAAUGGCUUUAGCCUUUAUGUCUUUUGGCGAACCAUGAGCAGUCAUUACUCUUGUUUUGUAGCCCUGGCAAGAAGGACGCAGUAUUCUUCAAUUUGAAGAAUAUACGUAUAUAUAUAUAUAUAUAAACAAUUUUAAUCUCA